GUGUACAAGGUUUUACUGCAGGAGAGUUACAAGGUGUGUUGAAUGAAAUAGUAGGCCUGGUGUAGGAUCAGUGAGGGUCAACGUAGUGGACUUAGUGGUGGUGUUUUUUUAAUGAAAUAGUGGUAUAUAGGUGAAGAGUUAGUUUGAUGGUACAAUUUUCCCUUUCCUUCUUCCUUUUUGUAUCACUCAAUUUAACGUGAUCGCCCACACUCCCGCACAGUAGGUGGCGUCAUGCACAAACAAUGUGCGAACACCAUGAUACCGAAGAAACAGAAGUAGUGUAGUGAACAAAUACAAUUUCCACGUUAGCGUUUUUGUUGUUAUUUAGACCUUUAUUAACACUUUGGAACUCAAAAUACAUACGAGCAUCAUAAACGUACCUCAGGUAGUCUUUACUUCGCGUUGGAGACGAAACUUGGUUUAUUCUAGGUAACGCUAGCUAGCUGCUAACCUAACGAUGGCUAACGGUAUGGUUUUUCACACUCAAAUAGCCUCCAUUAUGGAGGUGCUAGCGAAUGCAGCCGUGUCAGAGAUCUGUAAACUCGUAGAUGACGACUAUGCAGUGUUUCGUUUGGAAAUAACUCAAAGCCAGAAAGAAAACAGGGGAUUGCGGAGGAAACUACAGCUACUGGAACUGAAGGUGGCACGGGAACGCGCAGAGAGGACAAUACGAGAGCGCGUCCUCGCCAGUCGUCCCAGUAGUGUCAAGAUUCACGACCGAAACAGCGGAAUGGCAAGAGGUGAAGGAUAUCUCACUGGAGGCGACAGGAGCUUUGUGAAGCCAGCGGGACAUAAUGUGUGGAGAGAUGACCAAAGCAUAGCAAUUGAGUCUGCAGAUGCAGAGGCUGCAGGUCCUGAAGGAUUGUCUCUGGUCAAGCAGGAGAGAACUGAAGGAGAGGAGGACCCACAGCACAGCAGAGACAUUCAGACUGGAGAAGUGGCUGGAGUGGCGCCACCUGUAGCCACAGAGGACCUUGCGACUGCUGCCGCGCCCCAGCCCAGGACCCAACGCAGAAUCACGGAGGUCAGUGGAGUGCCGAACGCCGUCCUCAAGUCAGAGACAGACACCGAGACUUUAACUGUAACACAAAGGCUCUUACACACAGGAUCUGACCACAGAUCAGACCCAGAGAGACUGGGGCAGGGGCCAUUGGGCUGUCCUGCUCCCGGCUCAGAGUAUUUACUUUACGGUAACCCAAGCCCGAGGACGGUUCAUUCCCAUCUGGACUUGGGUGAUGCGUCAGAGACUGUCAAUGAUCCGUCUUGUUUUUACACUACAGAGAUGGGCCCUGGCAACAUGCCCUUGGGUUUAGAGACACAGACUGAUCUGUCUAGAGCGGAAUGGAACCGGUACAGUAGUAGUGUAUACUCUGAAGGGAGCCAAGAUAAGAAAGGGGAGGCUAUAGUGGUAGAUGAGGUGACUGUGAAAGUGGAGGGUGACGCUCCUCCCACCUGGAAUGCAGAUCGUCUCCUAGGAGACGGACACUCACAGGGCAGAGUUUUCUUAGAUUACAGGGGAAGCUUAGAGACAAAUCUAAAUGGCGCCACCCACUCCCCUUUACAUGCAUUCAGGGAUCGCGACCCAGUGUCCACAUCAACGACACCUUCCGAUUCACAAGGCUGCGUUCUUUUCGAUCAGGUAUUGAACUCAAAUGACCAAAGGGCCAAGGCUCGGGGAGGGGGAGCAACAUCAGGCAAUAGUAAAGAGAAACGGUUCCUCUGCAUGUUCUGUAACAAAGGCUUCAGCUGCCCCCAGAAAGUGGAGAUCCACCAGAGAGUCCACACAGGGGUGAAACCCUUCAGCUGUACCCAGUGUCACAUGAGCUUCGCCCAGGCUGGUGACCUGAAGAGGCACCAGAGGGUCCACACAGGGGAGAAACCCUUCAGCUGCCCCCAGUGUGAGAAGAGGUUCUCUCAGGCUGGUGACCUGAAGAGGCACCAGAGGGUCCACACAGGGGAGAAACCCUACAGUUGUACCCAGUGUCACAUGCGCUUCGCCCUGGCUGGCAACCUGAAGAUGCACUUGAAGGUCCACACGGGAGAGAGGCCGUUCGCCUGUAGGCAUUGCGGGAAGAGGUUCUCAGAGAGGAGCUACCUCAGGAUACACCAGCAGAAAAACCAUUCCACUCUGUAAAUUAGAAAAUAAUUUCACUCGAUAGCUUCUGACAUUUAGAUCAAACCCUGCAUUAACCCCCCAGCGUGAGUUUUUUUUUGUUAUGCGCGUGAUGUCAGAAUGCACUCACUAGCUAGGUUUCCAUACCAAUUGGCAACAGAUUUUCAUGCGAAUAUUCUCAAAUCUGCAUAAAAACAAUGUGCACAUAUUCCCACCAGAAAUGUUUCCAUCAAAUCAGUGCGUGAUGACGUAGUGCACCCAAAAUUUACUUUUUCGAUUAAAGUUUUCAUGUACCUAAUAAAAAUAUAAAGAUCAAUGUGUUUCCGUCGCAUUUUCAACUCUGAUAGUUUUGUCAUAAACUGUUGUGUUAAAUAGCAAAUGUGUCUAAUCUGGUCUUGGCACUUGCACUUUAGCCAACAGCUCGCAGAUACAAUACGGGUAGGCUGUGGCUUGUCUAGUCUACAUGAGAUUAUUAUGGAUAACAGCAAAUAUAUUUGUCAAACGGGAGUCAAUUAUCGAUCAUCAUGUCACAGAAUAAGACCCUCUGUAUUUAUUGGAAAGCAGCAUCAAGCUCAUCACCAUGCACUUUCACAACAUAUUUCAUCUGAAGCCUAAUAAACUGCAUGGUUUCUCAAGUCGUAGUGGGAGGACCAUACACCAUAUCAUGCGUGACUCCAAAGUUACUUAGAUAUGGUGGUUAUUAUAUCAAUAUUUGCACAUAAAGGCGUUUUCACCGGCAUUUCCCGUGUUAUUAAUUUUACCGACACAAAGAUCCCUCCAUGUCGAAGGAACAAAUGAUCUGUCGGCAUUUAAAAAAAAAAAAAGACACAUUUUUGGAUGGAAACGUAAUUGGUGUUCCAAAAUGUGAUUGUUAUGCAACAGGACAGUUAACCCACGCUGCCUGCUAAUUAUCUAUAGGCUGUUUCAACUGGUCAAUUUCAAAUUAUUUUCAAACAGUUUGAAUUCAGGUGUGUUCCAAUUCCUUAUUAAUUCACAUAAAGUAUCCCAUUUCACUGUGGAGAAUUUACGUUUGAUGCACUACGAUGAACCCGGACAAACUUCUCUCUUCAAUGAGAGGCCAAGCACUUCCCCAGUGUUUCCCCCGGUCACGUAUGCAGACAUUUGAGCAUCUCCGAUCAGAAGAGAAAUGCUAACUUUUUCCUCCUGAUGCCUGAAUUACCUUCAUUGUUGUUUUCCUUACAAAUAAUAACGUUGGACAUGUGUGCGUUUCUAUCAAAGUAAGUGACUUAUUACAUUAUAGGUUGUGUAUCGUGUUAUGUCAUUUCUACUGUAGCACACCGUAUAUAUAUAUAUGUCUCUUACGUGUGUUUUACAGAGAAGUAUUAGCUUGUGUUGUAUCUUUUGAAGCUGCCCUGGCCUCAUGGCCUGUCUAUUUUAGCUCUGCUGGGCCCUGCCUCCUUGUGGAGCGCAACAGUUACUGUUAUUCAUAUGUGAUUUUGUCAAUGCAAUUUAUUACUUUUAUAGCAGGGUUAUGUUACUACUUUAAUUUGUUUUAUUGCUAUAUCCUGAUGCUGUAUUGUAAUUAGUAAUAAUUCCUCUUUAUUCUGUGCUUUCAGAAACCACACACAAACAUUAUUUGCCAACAUCAUAACUGGAACUUUCUUGCUGACGAUUAAGGCCAGCAACAUACCGUUUUAAACAGACACUCCUUUACAGUUUUACUUGGGGGAAAAACAGCAAGAAAAGACUGACAACUUAUUAAUAUGCAUAACCCAUAUUUAAAUAUUCAUGUCGUGAUUUGAACUGCAUUCCCACGAAUCCACCCCUAAAGUCAUAGUAUCAUGGCAUGUCAGCUAGUAAUUGCAGCAAAUGUGCUUGAGUGUAUGGUACUCUCCAAAGCAUGGUGCGACACAAGCUGAACACGUGUACUUUGUCAACAACCUCUGCUUCCUUCUCAUGGUGCCAGUCAGAUUUGCAGUGCCUCCGUGUGCGACUGUCUUGAGCAGCAGUUUGAAAGAAUGCCUUGUCUGCAGCAGGACAGCCCCCAGUGGAGGUUCUCUCUGUACUUUUGGUAGGUAAUUACCUCACCUAUGGAGGAUGAGGGAGUGGAGAGGUGGGUGAGAGAGUCACUUUAAUUUUAGAACUGAACUAUGUCCAUUACAAAAAAAAACUUGUUCAAUAAUCUCACCUGUUAUCUGGUGGUGAACUGUGUGGCCAUUGAGGACAGCAGUGUCAAUCAGAUGGAAAAAGAUCUUAUACCACUUGGUAGUCUCCUGAGCGCAUUCCACAAAGCUGAUUAUCAUGUCUGUCUUAUCCACUGCCCCCAUUUUGAGGUUAGUCAAGCUCAGUCUGGUUUGAUCUUACUCUCUCCCAUCAGGUGGUCCACCUUCCCUGUGGCCGACAAGGCCGCUGUAUAGACAGUGGAGAGGACAUGAAGGUCAUCAAACAGCAGUGCCAGGAGUGGUGAAAUGGCUCGCGGCCUUCCAGCUACCACAGACCUCUUGUACUUUAUCUUCGUCGGUCUGCCUCCAUCACCACCAGCAUCUUCAGAGGGGCAUGGGACUUUGUCGGUGAGCAAGGGGUCCUCAGAUUUAGGGUUAAUGGCCACAAGGAUGGGAAGCAGACCCUCACCAUCAAAAUCUGAUUUCUGACUUUUACUGUCAGAAUUUCCACAUUUGUGAGUUGUCUCCUUUUGAAAGAUAUUGCUAAUGCUACAGCUUAGCCCACUAGCUACAUACAUAAACAAGACUGAAUGGCUGAGUGAGUGUCAGAGGUUACGUGAUUGACUGCUGGCACGUGCAUCAAUAAAUGGUUUGUGUGGUAAUAAUUAAUACAUUUA